AUGCCUGACGUGUCUUACGCCUCCAAAUCGUGCUGGACUUGCCGGCAGAAGCGGGCCAAGUGCGAUAGACUCCUCCCAGCUUGUCUCCGCUGCUCCUCCCUGAAGCUGCGAUGCCAAGGCUAUGACCGGCCGAAGAAGCUCGUCUGGACCAAUAGCAUGGCCAGCAGGGGCAAAAUGAUGGGAAGAGCUACGUUCGGUACGAGCGAGUCGACAGAUAAGGUUGCGCUUGCAAGGCCUACUCUCCCGGGGUCUGUGAUGCUGAAACGCUUGGCGGAGACAAUGCAAGAUGCAUGUCACUUCUCGGUUGAACUCUCAAGGCCGCUUACAGACCCCGAUCUGCAGGACAUGCCUGAUGACUUCCGGAGUUACAUACGCUACUGUAAGCCGCAGCCCGAUUUCUCCAUGUCCGAGGCGCUGACCCGAAGUGAUGCGCCAGUCGACUUGGAAAUGUCGAAGGAGUGCGUGGUCUACUAUCAGACAUCCAGCAACCCCUUCUUGGCUUUGAUGCCACUCAUGGCCAAGAGUCAGGCGCUGUCUCAUGCAGUGGUUGCGAUAUCCGCCUUUCACUACUCCCAUCGAAUGCUUAUCAAUAAGGCGCAGCCCCCCUCAGGCGAACCCAGAGGUGCCGAUAUUGUCCCGCUGUAUGCGUCGCAUGACCACGACUGGCAGUUGACUCAAUCAUGUUUCUCUCCAUCACUGCAGACAGCUCUGGCGCACAAGCAGAAGGCCUUGAAAUAUCUGAAGUCUGAGAUAGGUAGCCAGGACGUGACCAACAACGAUGCGGUGGUUGCAGCCAUCGUUCUCUUCGUAUGCAUGGACGUAGUGGAGUUUGGUAGCCGGGGCUGGGAGUACCAUCUGGGAGGCGCCGGGGAGAUUCUUCAGACGCGCAGGAGGGCCCUGGCGAAUGGGAACUACGAAUCUUCCCCCUGGCUAGAGUAUUUCGACACAGCCUACACGACAUUCGGAGUCCUGGGCGCAACGCUAGCACCGGCAGAGGGUUAUCUUUUCCAACAGCUCGCUUCACUAGAUCCAUUUCUUAUGCAAGCUUUGCGACAGUCCGAACACCAAACCUGGGUUGGUUGUCCUGCCGAGCUACUCUACUUGAUUUCGGUUGUGAACUCGUUGCGUUCGGAUUCUUCAACUGUCACUGGACGGCUGGCUGCUAUUAGAGAGCUGCGCAACAGCUUACAGACCUUCUCGCCUCCAGUAUGGGCCACAGACUUCUCGGAUUCAAACUACCACGAAUCGCGCGCCCAUCUUGCAUAUGCCUAUAAGGCGGCAGUUGAGGUUUAUGCCUCUCAGGUUAUCGGGGUCGCUCCCGAAGCUAACUAUUUGUCGAGACAGUAUCUUGAUGAAAAUGUCCCGUCUGCAAUACUCCAUAUGCUGUCAAUACCCGCUCAGGACUUCCACGUCAAGAGUCUGGUAUGGCCGGCGUUCAUUCUCGGAGCAGAAGCGCAGACCACCGAGCUCAGAGACAUGAAACGCGAUCGACGUGCUGGAACGGCUGUGGGCGCGGAGUGCGUCUGA